AUGGUUCUCCUUGCCCAGCGACUCUGCGUGCUGCCGGCGAUGGAGGGCGUGCGCUGGGCUUUUCCCUGUGGCACGUGGCUACCCAGCCGUGCCGAAUGGCUGCUAGCGGUGCGAUCGAUCCAGCCCGAGGAGAAGGAGCGCAUCGGCCAGUUCGUCUUCGCCCGGGACGCUAAGGCCGCCCUGGCUGGUCGUCUGAUGAUAAGGAAAUUAGUGGCAGAGAAAUUGAAUAUACCUUGGAAUAAUAUUCGUUUGCAAAGAACUGCAAAAGGAAAACCAGUUAUUGCAAAAGACUCAUUGAAUCCUUACCCCAAUUUCAACUUUAACAUCUCUCAUCAAGGAGACUGUGCUGUACUUGCUGCAGAAUCUGAGCUACAAGUUGGAAUUGAUAUAAUGAAGACUAGUUUUCCAGGUCGUGGUUCAAUUCCAGAAUUUUUUCAUAUUAUGAAAAGAAAGUUCACCAACAAAGAAUGGGAAACAAUCAGAAGCUUUAAGGAUGAAUGGACUCAGCUGGAUAUGUUUUAUAGGAAUUGGGCACUGAAAGAAAGCUUCAUAAAAGCAAUAGGUGUUGGAUUAGGAUUUGAAUUGCAGCGGCUUGAAUUCGAUAUAUCCCCAUUAAACCUGGAUAUAGGCCAAGUUUAUAAAGAAACACGUUUAUUUUUGGAUGGAGAAGAAGAAAAAGAAUGGGCAUUUGAGGAAAGCAAAAUAGAUGAGCACCAUUUUGUUGCAGUAGCUCUUAGGAAACCCAAUGGAUCUAGACAUCAGAAUGUUACAUCUCAAGAUGAUUCUAAAGCAACCCAGAGGCAGUUUACUAUUCUCACCUUUAAUGAUUUAAUAUCAUCUGCAGUUCCUAUGACCCCUGAAGAUCCUUCAUUUUGGGACUGUUUUUGCUUUACAGGAGAGAUUUCAAUAAGAAAUGGUACAAAGUCAUGA